AUGGCAUCACUGGACAUCACGACGUUAGCUGCUUUUUCCGUAUGUUUUCCUGACCAAGUCGAAAAGAAUCUACGUGCUGCAUAUAGUGAACCUCAUUGGACCAAUAUCAAGCGUGCUCUUGCUCGACCACCUGCGUUUACUGCUGUUCGAGUAAAUACAUUGAAAUUGUCACGUGAUGAAGCAUUGCAAGCUCUUAAACCUCAUUUGGACAAGUUUAAUACUGAAUUAGUAGAGCUCGAUACCAGUCGUCAGCCAAUUGAAGCCUUUGUCCAUCCAUCGUUACCGGACGUGAUAAUGAUUCCUUCAUCACCCAGUGGACAAGCCAUUGUCGAGUUUAAUUCGGAACUCAAGAGUAUCGUUGUGGAUCGACUUUGUGGCGAAGCAGUGCUACGUGGGAGCGACAUUUUUGCUCGAGGAGUUAUGAGUGCCAGCAGUGGCAUUAAUGCUGAAGAUCAGGUCAAUGUCUUUGUUGAUCUUGACCACAACCACACGCGUGGAAGUGACUUUGCAACACACAGGGGACGCAAGCUUUUGAUUGCUCGUGGCGUGACCAAGAUGGCAAGAACGGAGAUAUUUCGUGCUGUGAGAGGACAGGCAGUGACUCAAUUGGUCCGAGUUUGUCCUGAUGCACCACCGAUGAACGGUGUAUUACGGGGCCAGAUCUACGUGCAGAAUUUGCCGUGUUCGGUGGUUGCACAUGCAUUGGAUCCGCAAGAGGGCGAUGUGAUUCUAGACAUGUGUGCAGCGCCCGGAGGAAAAACUUCCCACGUGGCUACUUUGAUGCGAAAUAAAGGCGCACUAAUAGCUUGCGAUCGCUCGAAGCGGAAAGCACUGGAGCUACGUACAUUGUGCGAAGAUCUUCAACUCGAGUGUGUCGUACCGCUUAAGAUGGAUUCAACACAUGCUGUGCUACCUAAAGAGAAGGUCGACACAAUGCUGGCUGCCACGCAAGAAAAGGACUUCACGAGUGUGGCGCAGGUUGUAGCUCGCGCAAAGGAGAACACUCCAGGCCAAGCGCGCUUGUUGCAGGUGGAGGGAUUCUUUCCUGAAACUUUCGACCGUAUCUUGCUAGACCCGCCUUGCUCAGCGCUAGGCUUGCGUCCACGGUUGCUUCACGCUAGUGAUACGGACAACUUGGACGAGUUUGUCAAGAUGCAGCGCAACUUUUUGUGGGUUGCAGCAUUCCUACUUAAACCUGGCGGCACGCUCGUGUACUCGACAUGCACGAUCAAUCCGAAAGAGAACGAGCAGAUGGUGCAUCACGCGCUCGAAAAUUAUCCGCUGAAACUUGUUUCUCAAGGCAAAGCUCACCUCGGCGACCGCGGGCUGCCAGGUCAGGGCCUCAACGAGCACGAAGCGUCCCUCGUACAACGCUUUGACCCAUCGAACAUUGAGCUAGAUACCAUGGGCUUCUUUUGCGCCAAGUUCCUCAAGACAGGACCUAUCCGACAGGAGUAG